AUGAAGAAGAUAAUGAAUGGAAACCUUGUUGUUCUCAUUGCUGUCAUCUUGGUUUCUCAUUCAUGGAUGAUAACAAAUAUAGAAGGCCAUGCAUACUUAGGCAAAGAGAAGGUGACAAGACUCCACUUCUAUUUCCAUGACACCCUCAACGGAGACCACCCCACCACCGUACCGGUGGCCUAUCCCAUAGGCACAGUGAUUAGCCCAAGUAAUCUAGCACCCUCUAAUGCUGUGUACGUAGCUGAUGACCCUUUAACUGAUGGUCCUGAUCCAAAAUCAACGGUUGUAGGACAUGCACAAGGUUUUUACGUGUUUGAAAUGCAGGAUAAGGUGGUGCUUAUCUUUGUUAUGGAUAUUGGGUUCACGUCCGGUGAGUUCAAUGGUAGCUCCAUUACUUUGUUUUCUAGGAAUCCGGUGUUGGAAACUGAUAGAGAGAUGGCCGUCGUCGGUGGCCGGGGAAAGUUCCGGCUUGCUCGUGGCUUUGCAAAGCUUCAUACUUAUUCAUUCAAUUUAACUGGUGCUGGUGCUGUAGUUGAGUAUGAUGUUACAGUUUUUCAUUAUGAAAUUUAA